AUGAAAAUUGGCAUUUUAUUUGAAGCUACAAUCUAAUUGGUAACAAUAGUGAUAAUUAAGUAACCAAUUUUUAGAAUAUAAAUUUAGGAAAAAGAAAAGAAAAUGGAAUAUUUAGAAAUAAAGCACCAAUAGAAUAAAUAUGGGUUAAUUUUCUUAAAUAUUAUUGAAUAUUAACUAGAGGAUAAAGGAAAUUAUUUAUAAUUAUGAAUUCAUGUAGAUAUUGUAAUAGAAGGACUUAUUGGGGAAAAAAUAAUGA